UUGAGGCAAUCAGCAACAGUAAGAAGAAGACAAAGGGAUGGCCGGUGUAGUUAGGAUUACCGCUUCCUCCGUCUUCCAUGGCAUCUUUGGUGCUCUUAACAACAAGCACCAAGGCGCAGAGGCACCCGCCUUGCUCCAUGGUGUGCUUGAAGUUACCAUCUACGAGGCCAAUCAUCUCCACAAUGUCAUUGAAGGCUUGGUUCUUCAGGCUGCUGAGAGUGUACAAGAAGCUUUCAAGGACAAGCUUGCUCAUACCAGGCUCUUCGCGGCCGUGGAGAUCGGUGCUGCGACGGUGGUGAGGACGCGGAUGGCUGAGUUCCAACCCGACAACCCAAAAUGGAACCAGUCCUUCCGCGUCUACUGCGCUUAUACCUCUCCCUAUGUCGAGAUCUCCGUUCGAAACCAGCUCCAAGUUGCACUCGCCAUGGCCGUGGGCCGGGCCAAGAUCCCCGCAUCCCAGCUACUCACCGGGGAACCAGUGGAAGGCUGGUUCGAUCUCUUCCACGACGAUGGCCUCAAGAUGCACAACGCGCAGGUCCAUGCCGUCCUCAAGUUCACACCUAUCACCGGCGACCCAUGUUGGGACGUGGGGAUCUCGAGCAGCUUCAGUGGACUCUCCAACGCCUUCUUCCCCCUGAGGACCGGAUGCGAGGUCACUCUGUAUCAGGACGCCCACAAGUCCAAUCAAUUUCGUCCGGCCAUCCAGCUCGCCGGCGGGAAAGAUUACCAGCCUGCAAGGCUGUGGGAGGAUAUCUACAAUGCCAUGGUGGAGGCCAAGCACUUCAUCUAUGUAACUGGGUGGUCGGUCAAUGUCCACAUCGAGCUUGUUCGCGACCCGGAGCGCAUGAUCCCAGGAGCAGAGGCCGUGACGCUCGGGGAGCUACUGAAGCGAAAGGCCGAGGAAGGGGUCACCGUCUUGGUCAUGCCGUGGAAUGACCGGACCUCCUUGCCCAUCCUGGAGGAUGUCGGGAUGCAGUUUGUAGAUUUGAUGAAGACUCACGACGAGGAGACGUUCAAGUUCUUCAAAGGAACAAAGGUGAAGUGCUUCCGCUGCUCCCGGAACGCUGACCCCUCCCUCGCCUUCGUUCAGAACGGAGAGCUCAAGUUGAUGUUUUCCCACCACCAGAAGACGGUGUCCCUGGAUGCUCCCUCCGGCGACGGAGCUAGCAAGGUAGUUAGUUUUGUCGGUGGGAUCGAUCUCAGUGACGGCAGGUAUGACGAUGAAAACCACACGCUGUUCGGAAACCUCUCCACCACCUACCUCGAUGACUUUCUACAACGCAACUUCAAGAAUGCCGACCUCCACCAUGGCGGCCCGAGGGAGCCAUGGCACGACGUACACUCCAAGGUCGAAGGCCAGGCAGCUUGGGAUGUCCUCACCAAUUUCGAGCAGAGAUGGAUAAAACAGGCUCCAAAAGAGUUGACGAAUUAUUUGGUCAACGUCAGGGAGCGGCCACAAAUCUUCCCUAUCCCCUCAGACUCCGCGACAGCAGAAUCAUGGAACGUACAAGUAUUCCGAUCCAUCGAUGAUGCUUCGGCCAUUGGAUUCCCUCCCGACCCAUCUCAGGCUGACAAGAUGGGACUGGUGACCGGGCAAAACGUCACGUUCGAGCAGAGCAUCCAUUCGUCAUACGUCCAAGGCAUCAGAAGGGCCAAGAGGUUCAUCUACAUCGAGAACCAGUACUUCUUCGGGAGCUGUGCUUCAUGGGGGGAACACCAAAACUGUGGCUGCUCGAACCUGAUCCCCAUCGAGAUUGCUCUCAAGAUUGCCAGCAAAAUCCGCAAUGGGGAAAGGUUUGCGGUUUAUAUAGUGACCCCCAUGUGGCCGGAGGGAAUACCGGAAGGGAACACGGUGCAGGCCAUACUGCACUGGAACAGGCUGACCAUGGAGAUGAUGUACAGCAUCGUGGCCAAGGCUAUAGAGGACAAAGGCUUGGUUGGAAAGGUGAACCCUGGUGAUUACCUCAACUUCUUCUGUUUGGGAAACCGAGAGGAAAAGAAACCUGGAGAGUACGUUCCACCGAAGAGCCCGGCGCAUGGCACGGACUACUGGAGAGCCCAAACCAACCGGAGGUUCCUCAUCUACGUUCACUCCAAGCUGAUGAUAGUUGACGAUGAGUACGUGAUCGUGGGAUCUGCAAACUUAAACCAGAGAUCCCUAGCAGGUGACAGGGAUAGCGAGAUCGCGCACGGAUCGUACCAACCAGCGCAUCUUAAUGGAUCGGAUGGUCGAGCCCGUGGAGAAGUCCAUGGCUUUAGGAUGUCACUGUGGUACGAGCACUUCAUGAGCUACUGCGCGGACACGAGCAUCUUCCUCGAUCCCGAGAACUUGGAAUGCGUGAGGACGGUGAGACGGUUCGCCGAGGAACUGUGGAGCAAGUACGUGGGGGAAGAGGUGGUGGAUCUUCGAGGUCACCUGCUUCCAUUUCCGGUCCUGGUUUCUGAAGCUGGGACGUUAUCAGAUUUGCCCAAGGAUGGACGCUUUCCGGAUACGAAUGCUUCCGUGAAGGGGAAGCGAUGGGUGCCCACUCCACCCCUCACAUCUACCAGCCGAGUCACUGAUUUGCUUACCACCUGAAAGUUUUAUCUGUUUAUCUUUUACUGUCCAAUAAAUGGUUAAAAUCUGUGCUGGUUUACGGUCAGGCGUCAUUCUCU